CGUCGCGGGAUGGAGCGCCGGAGGAGGGAAGCUCCCGGCUUUGCGAGGCAGCGGGCGGCGCGGCUCGGAGCGCUCUCAUUUCCCUCCGUCCGGCGCGAUGAAUUCCCUGGAACAGGCGGAAGAUCUCAAGGCUUUUGAAAGAAGGCUUACUGAAUACAUAGCUUGUUUACAACCGGCUACUGGACGCUGGAGAAUAAUUCUUAUAGUAGUCUCGGUCUGUACAGCCACUGGUGCUUGGAAUUGGCUAAUAGAUCCUGAAACACAGAAGGUAUCUUUUUUCACAUCUCUAUGGAAUCAUCCAUUCUUCACCAUUAGCUGUAUUACAUUGAUUGGUUUAUUUUUUGCUGGAAUACAUAAAAGAGUAGUGGCGCCCUCAAUCAUAGCCGCUCGAUGUCGAACUGUCUUGGCAGAAUACAAUAUGUCAUGUGAUGAUACUGGAAAAUUAAUAUUGAAACCUCGGCUCCACGUCCAAUAACCCAUUGCUUUUGUAUGUCAUCAUGGAAAUACACGUCCAUUUUUUCUUCUUCAGUACAGCAAGGCCAAACAGGCCUGCAAAACAGGUUGGUCUUCAACCGUUGAUGGAAGACGGGUGAAACAUCUGGUGCCUCCCAAUCUUUUGUGCCUGUGCUCUGUGUUAUCAGUUUCUUCUCUGACAGUAUUACUGUUUCAUCAUCUCUAACAGCAAGGUGGUGCCGAUGCAGCCCACGACACUCGCCUGCUUUUAUAACGCUCAAAUAAUUGUAAAUAGAAAAUGGUUACAGUAUUUGUACUUCAAUUUGCCAUAGCGUUUUUUAUCAGUGCAUGUAUUUGUCGAUCACGACUGUUUGCCUUCUUCCAUGUCUGCAACCCUGAUUUGUUGACACGUCACAUCCAGAGGUCGUGCUUGCUCCAAAGGAGAAAUCACUUGGUGAAAGAAUUAUUCUUUCUGGCUUAGUCAUGAAUGAGCGGGUUGACGUGUGGCCUAAUUGUUUCAAUUUAGCUCUUCCUUCUGGUGGCAACAGCAUCAAUCACUGGAACUUAUCAGCAGGAGACUAUUUAGCGUAGCAUCCAAGUCUCGAUUUUGGGUGAGUUGCUUCCUACAAGUCUGAAGGCAUGGUGCAAAGCUGGCUCCAUCCGUGGCCAUUGUUUGGAGCCAGAACGUGGGAGUGAGGCUUGAGGGACACAUUUUGCUUUUUCUUGCUAAUGGAAUAUCAAUUAUUGGCCUCUACAAGUUGGAAGAACCAGAGGACAAUGAUUGAGCAACACACACAAACAUUUGAUCCGGAUUGAUAAGCUAAAUUUUUUCGUCCUAGCUUUUCACUUUGUGCAACCUUUAGUCUGCUGCAUGAUCCUUAGCUUGCUGUUUUUAGCUCUUCCUCCUCUGUUUUGCUUUUGCUCUGCGUAAGAACCAUGUAUUGAAUCUGAAAUUUACACUGUGAUAGUUUUGCCAUGAAAUUAGUAUUGCUUAACUUCAUACUACUUGAUGAAAGGAAGUGCCAGAAAUGUAACAAAACCAUCUUGCUAUGCUGUGGGUUUCACUUUCGCCCAGUGCAAGCAAGGAGGAGGCCAUCAACCGAUUUAACACAAUUGAAGAAUUGGGAGUAUGCGUGUAGCCUUGUACUGUACGCCUACAUCCAAACCAAGUUGGGGGGGCAGCUAGGUUUUUCUAGAUUUGCAGUAGCAGUUUGCAGAACCUGUCCUAGCAAGGACUGCAAAAGUGACUCGACACUGGAGAGGUUAGGCCGAAACAUCAGCCUCAUGGAAACCAUAUGAGAUGCUCUGAAACCAUACAGCCAGUUGUAGACCAUGGUUUAAGGAAACAAGCACUGGGAGCAUGCAGCUUUUCCUCUGGUGUGGGAAAUUUGGUUUUUGGCUGUAUUUUUCACAGACCAAAAAUACCUGCCUUGGGAAUAUAGCCACGAGGUCAGAUUCUAGAUUGUUCAGUGACUUUGGUGUUCUCCAUAUGGGGGAAUGUCUGAAAGAAACGCUAUUUGCAGAAGCAAAACACCUCCCAGCUAUUUUAAUCAACCCUUGUUACACAGAAGUGUUAAAAACAAAAAACAUGGCUGUUAUCCACAGUGAGACUUUUGAAAUAUUGACCCAGCAAUUAAAUUUUAAAUCCUUGUGCCUUUUAAAAAAAAACACAUUCAAGCUAUUUUAAUAAGAGCAUCACACUUAGAGAUGCAACUGAGACCAAAGGGAACAUCGCCCUGCAAGAAUUAUAGGAAGUCAAUCUUUUGGAUUUAGUCAAUAGUAAAAACAUGUACAUCAACGUUUGAUUUUUCUUCCUUUGCUCUUGAAAUAUCUUCUGUAUUCCUUACAUCACCUUGGCUUUUAAGCAGCUGUACAUUUUUGUAAGAA